AUGCUUCGUAUUCUGCAAAUCACGCUUCUUUGCUUCGUUCUCGUCGCCGGGAUCUCGGCGAUCUCCGAGAGCGAGACUAUAUACGAGAUCCUUCAGGCGAACGGAUUACCGGUGGGUAUAUUCCCGAAAGGCGUGAGAGGAUUCAACUUCGACGACAAAACGGGACGAUUCUCGGUUUAUUUGAACCAAUCAUGCGACGCAAAGUACGAGACAGAGCUGCAUUACGACACGAACAUAACGGGGACGAUAGGUUAUGCUAAAAUCGUGGACUUGUCUGGAAUCUCGGCGCAAGAGCUCUUUUUGUGGCUUCCGGUUAAAGGAAUCCGAGUAGACGUACCGAGCUCUGGUCUUAUAUUCUUCGACGUUGGUGUUGUUAAAAAACAAUACUCUUUGUCUUUGUUCGAGACUUCGAGAGAUUGCGUUGCGGUUCGUGGGGUUAACAAGGUUCAGUCUUGGAUGUUUCCAUUGUAUCAAGUAGAUCAAACUCUUGGAAGAGACAUUAUUUAG